AUGAAGCUCCUCUCGCUGACUCUGGCCGCCCUGCUGCUCCUGUCCCAGCUCACUCCAGGCAGCACCCAAAAAUGCUGGAAUCUUCAUGGCAAAUGCCGCCAGAAAUGCUCCAGGAAAGAAAGGAUCUAUGUUUACUGCACAAACAAUAAACUGUGCUGUGUGAAGCCCAAGUACCAGCCAAGAGAAAAGCUGUGGUCAAGUUCUUCGAAGCCUGAAGCCAUGAAAACGCAGAUGAAGCUGCCCUCAGUCUGA